UGAUUCGUCGUCGUCCUCCCUCGUUCGUCGAUACGAACCGAGACGAAAUCCCCAAUACCCCUCCACGGCUCUCGCACCCCACCCCCCUCCAAAGAAAAUCAAACACGCAAUCGCCGCCAAGUAGGUUUACGACCCAGGGACGCCGUUGCUCUCGCUCCUCCUCCACGCUAACGCCAGCCGCCAUGCCCUCCUCCGAGUCCCGCGACUUCCUCGCCCACCUCGAGGUCUACCUUGCUCGCCGCGACGGCGUCGACAAGCUCCUCAAGAUCUCCCGCUACGCCGCCCGCCUCGCGCUCGCCGCGGGGCCGCCGCUGCCCCCCGCCGCCUCCUCCCGCCUCAAGUCCUUCGAGUCCAGCGUCGGCCUCAGCCGCAAGGCCUUCCGCCUCGGCAAGUUCGUGCAGUCCCUCAACGCCCUUCGCGCGCACCCGCACCUGCCCCCGCCGCCCGCGCUCCUUGCCUACGGCGGCGAGGGCGUCUACUACUUCAUAGAGCAGUUCGUCUGGCUCGCCAAGGCCGGGCUCCUGCCCGCGCACCUCCUCCCCCGCCUCCAGCGCCUCAGCGCCUGGGCCGAGCUGCUGGGCUACGUUGGCUCCAUCACGAUUAAGCUGGAAGAGGUGGCGAAGAUGAAAUCGUCCAUCAGGAAGCAGCUUGCGGAGGGCUGCGGGGAGGAGAGCGAGGCAGUGAGGACGAUGCGGGGUAAGCUGCUGCUGAAGCGGAUGUCGGUGGUGCAGGACGUGGCGGACGCGGUCAUGGCGCUAGGAGACGUCACCGAUGGGAAGGGGUUGCUCGGCAGCUCCACGCUGAUGGCAUCCGCAGGCUUGCUCUCGGCGUUGAUCAGCACGCACAAGAAUUGGAAUUCCUGUUGAAGCCUGAAGGAGAAUUAAUUUCUCUCAUGAUGAAUUGCCUGCGCUGUUCCACCAAUCGAAACAUGUCCAGCUGCAUAAGUUUGACAAAUCAUAGCUGCUGUUAUGUCACAAGUUGGAUGACAGUUGUGAUUGAGAUUAUGAGCUACUAUACCAGUUUCAAAUCGAAAUGGAAGGAACUUAUUUGUUCCUCGUAAAAGCAUCAUGGAAGCAAAUUAUAUUUUAAGUUAAUUGCUGCAAAAGCGAUCGAUUAGAAACUUUUUUUUGGAGCAAGACUGCUUUUUGCCUGGGAUCAGGCGUAAGGUGCAGCCUACAUGCACCAUUCUCAUCAUCAAAUAUGUCCAUUUUGUGGGUACUGAUAAUCAACCGCAUCCACUCUGGUACCGUUCCUCUUUUGUUAGACCAUUAGUUACAACAACCUUGGAGCCUCCCAAUCUGUUUGCCAACCUUUUAAACUGACACGUCGGCCCGAACAACAUAUGCUCUGUUGAACUUUCAUAACGACUCAGUGAAGGCGUAAGAUGAACCUGUCAUCUGCACCUCACAUGGGAGCGACAAGGCUAUCACUGUUUUGUUUCUUCAGCUCUGGGUCCGGUCGAGUUCGUCGAGAGAUUAUACUACUAUUCUACAGAAACAUAAGGCUGUGCUCGGAUGCUGCCAAAUUUUUUGUGCCGCCCCAUCAGAACAUCAGCUUCGAACUUUCGAUUCACAGGGUGCAACACGGAGAGCGCACAUGAAAGCUAGCAUACUCGGCCCCGUGGUGUCCAUUUCCAGCACGAGCCUGAAACCGGCCGACCCCUGAAAAGAGGAACCCGGGUGCUGUGCUGUCAUACAGCCGCGGGCCACCGUGAGGAGACGGCAAAAUC